GCCCAGUGAGUGAGUGGAGGAAUCGGGUGGUUGCUGGUCGCUUGAAGGUGCUCUGUGUGAGAUCUUUGAUGAGGUCAACAUGCUAGCUCAUGGUUAUUUCUGGAUUUCCUGCACAAUUCUUGGAAGUUACAUCAUGGUACAGGUGUGUGGUCAAGGGUCAAACCGGUUAAAACUGACAGUCCUAUCUGAAGACAGGCUGCAAAUGAAAUGGAAAGAAACAGAAGGAAACACCAAUGGAUAUAAAGUUCGUGUGAAGCCCAUGGCAGGCGAUUCUGAACAGGAGGUCAUGCUGAAAACCAAGACAGCAAAAGCGACAGUGGGGGGCCUGAGUCCCACGAAGGAGUAUACCCUGCAGAUCUACAUCCUCAAUGGUUCUCAAGAGGCCCUCUUUGUCAAGAGGAAAUUUGUGAUUGAAGAACUGAAGAACCUCUCCCAAGCCAGAAGUAACAGAAAGCAGCCAACAAGCAUCCCAGAGAAGGCAGAGACCUCCUUAGGGACCACUGCUGCUGAAUACAUCCUACAGACUGAAGCCAUUUCACCAACUACCAGCCAAACAUCAACGCUAAUAAGAAAUGAUGAGCCAGAAAAGAAAAGGCAAAAAGCAGGCUUUUCCAAAGGGGUGAGUGAAUAUACACCAAAUGUCAAGCCAACUGUGAUGCCAGCAAUACUGACAACCAUGAAGCCGACUCUGCAAAGUCAGGUGGAAUUCGAAAUAGACUACUUGGCCCAUGAAAAAAUGACCAGAGACAAUUUAAGGAGAGUUUCCCAUUUCCAGUGUGACACAUCUGUGAUGACCGAUCUCGUCCUGCUCGUGGAUGGCUCCUGGAGUAUUGGGCGCAACAAUUUCAGGCUCAUCAGAGAAUUCCUGGUUGCUCUGGUUGCACCUUUCAAAAUUGCUCAGGACAAGAUAAGAGUAGCCUUGACCCAAUACAGCAGUGACCCACGCACAGAAUGGGACCUGAAUACAUAUUCCACACGGGAUGAGGUGUUGGAGGCCCUUAGGAGCCUGCGGUACAAGGGAGGCAACACAUUCACAGGGCUUGCACUGACCCAUGUUCUGGAAGAGAAUCUGAAAACUGAAGCCGGUGCAAGAGCAGAGACUCCCAAGAUGAUCAUUCUCUUGACUGAUGGCAAAUCUCAGGAUGAUGCCAACCCAUCUGCACAGACCCUGAAGAAUAUGGGAAUAGAGAUAUUUGCUGUUGGGGUGAAAAAUGCAGACGAGUCAGAGUUGCGCCAGGUUGCCUCAGAACCGUUGGAGCUAACUGUGUACAAUGUGCUGGAUUUCCCCUUGCUCAGUUCUCUGGUGGGCCGGCUUACCCGGGUCUUGUGUGCCUGGAUCAAGGAGAAGAACAAGGAUGAGGACACAGGUGACACAGUAAAUACUACUCCAGUGAAUAUUGGCGACCAUCUGAGCCCCACCAAUCUUGUGGUUAAAGAGGUGACUUCCAGAAGUUUGCGCCUCAUCUGGAACCCUCCUCUGAUACUGCCCAAAAAAUACAGGGUUGUUUACUACCCAUCUAGGGGUGGGAUUCCCAAAGAGGUGGUCUUAGAAGGGACAGCCUUCUCUGCGCAGCUCCUCAACUUAACUCCGCACACAGAAUACUUGGUUUCAGUGUUUCCGAUUUAUGAGAACGCUGUUGGAGAUGGACUCAGAGGGAUCACAUCGACAUUGCCUCUUGCUGCACCUGGUUCCCUCCGAGUUUCGGAAAUCAGCCACAACAGCCUGAGACUGACUUGGCAGCCAGCAGAUGGUGCUACUCAGUACCUCGUUCUCUGUUCCUCAGCACCCAGUGGAGCAGAUGAUGAGACUAGAGAGGUGAAAGUAGAACAGCCUGAAGUUCUGCUUGAGGGACUGUCUCCCAGCACUGAAUACUCACUUGCGGUGUAUGCCAUGUAUGGAGAAGAUGCUAGCGAUCCAGCAAGUGUUCAGGAAACCACUUUGGGCCUGAGCCCUCCACAACAUCUGAGAUUCUCGGACAUCAGCCAUGGCUCCGUCAGGGUCAACUGGGAUGUGUCCUGGCAUGCUGUGAAAGCUCACCGUGUCACAUACAUCUCCAGCAGGGGGAGUAACACUGGGGAGGUGGAAGUUCCCGGCAAUGCUUCAUCCGCCAUGCUGAAGCCACUGUCAUCAUUGACCCAGUAUUUUGUGAGCUUGAUCACUGUUUAUGAUGAAGGUGACUCCUUUCCAGUAACGGGAAACGUCACUACAUUAAAGGUGCCACCUCCGAGUCACUUGAAGGUCACUGAGCUCUCCGGAAGCGAGGCCCGACUGGAGUGGGAAGCCUCUGCAGCAUCUGAUGUGGUUGUCUAUCAGAUCAAAUGGAAUGUGCUGGAUGAAGGGAGAUCACAGGAGCUGUCUGUUGCUGGAAACUUGGCCUCUGCGAUUUUAACUGGUUUGAGAAAGAACACCGAGUACCAGAUAUCCAUUUGGGCAUAUUACAAGGAUGGGGCUCGGAGUGAUACCGUCUCCAUUCGGCACCGGAUUACUGCCAAGAAUCCACCCACCAACCUCUUUCUGGGCUCAGAAACACCUAGCAGCCUGCAAGUCCAUUGGAAUCCACCGGAAGGUGUGGUACAGCACUACCGACUCACCUACACUCCAGAAGGUGGUGACAAGCAACAGGAAAUGAUAACUGUUUCUGGCAAAAGCAGGACUGUCACUCUUCACUCUCUCCUUCCUGAUACGGUGUACUCAGUUACUGUUUCUGCAGCCUAUGCUACAGGAGAAAGUGACCCCAUAACUGUUAUUGGCCAGACAGCUUCUGCCUUGGCCAGACUGCCUACAACACGAGGAUCAAUCCCCUUCAAAAUUCAGGACUGCCCUGCUCUUGACUCCAUGGAAGGCUUGAUACAAGGGUUUGACAUGAUGGAGGCAUUUGGACUGAUGGAAAAGGAGUAUGCCUCCAUCAAAGGAGUUGCUAUGGAGCCCUAUAUUUUCCUUGGGACUCAUACCUACACCCUCUUCAGGGAUAUCCAGCUAACCCGGAAAACAAGUGAAGUUUUUCCCGCUGGAGUUCCAGAUGAAUACACCAUCACCUUCCUUCUCCGACUACUGCCAGAAAGCCCCAGGGAAGCCUUUGCCGUGUGGCAAGUAACAGAUGAGGACUUCCAGCCACUUCUUGGCAUCAUACUUGACCCGAAUAAGAAAUCCUUGAUCUUUUUCCAUCGUGACCAUGAGGCUGAUGUAGAGGAAGUCACCUUUGACCAACAGGAAGUGAAAAAGACAUUCUAUGGAAGCUUUCAUAAGGUGCACGUAUCCAUGAACCAUUCCAGGGUUAAGCUCUAUAUUGACUGCAAGAAAGUAGCCGAGAAAGCACUUGGGACAUCAGAGAGCGUCUCAACAGCUGGCUUUGUCAUGCUGGGAAAGCUGACAAGAACACGAGGACCACGGAGUGGGUCAGCAGCGUUUCAGCUGCAGUCACUGCGGAUGGUGUGCAGCAGUUUGUGGGCUGAAGAGGACAGGUGCUGUGAUCUCCCAGCACUGAGAGAUGAAGAAGUCUGCCCCAGCCUGCUUCCUUCCUGCAGCUGUACUUCAGAGAUCCCAGGCCUCCCAGGACCACCAGGACCUCCAGGCAGUCCUGGGAGGAGAGGACCACAAGGGGAACAGGGGGAACCGGGCCCCAAGGGUGAGCCUGGUCCCCCUGGGCAAGUUGGACCAGAAGGUCCAGGAGGACAUCAAGGGAUCCCAGGUUCUCAAGGGCUGACUGUGCAAGGCCCCAUAGGACCACCAGGGAUUAAAGGGGACAAAGGAGACAAAGGCAGCCCAGGGCUACAGGGCAUUAUGGGUCCCCAGGGAGCUCCAGGCAAAGAUGGAAUUCAAGGCUCAAAGGGCGUUCGAGGACUAGAAGGCACAGCUGGGCCUCCUGGACCACCAGGACCACGGGGUUUGCAAGGCAUAGUGGGUGCCGAAGGCAAUAGUGGGGAGAGAGGCCCCCCAGGAGAAAUUGGACCUACGGGGCUGCCUGGCCCAAAAGGAGAAAGGGGAGAGAAAGGUGAAGCCCAGUCCUUAGCUACAAUCUAUCAUCUGGUUAACCAGGCUUGCGAACGCCUGAUCCAGACUCAUGUGUUGAAGUUUGACUCAUUCAUCCAUGAACAUUCCCGAAAACCAGUUCCCAUCUGGGAGGAUAAAUUGCAGGCUGGAGAACCCGGGCCCCCUGGUCUUCCUGGUCCCCCUGGCAUGAAAGGAGAAAGGGGAGAAGUUGGGAUGCCUGGACAGCCAGGCCGAGAUGGAUAUCCAGGAGAAAGAGGUGCCCCUGGGACCAAGGGGGAGAAGGGUUCUCCUGGACCAAACAAGGAAGGUUCUCAAGGACCAAGAGGUCGAGCAGGCCCUGCAGGGGAAGAGAUGCUUGGCAAGCAAGGCUCAAAGGGAUCCAUUGGCAGCACCGGCCCCCCUGGGUUUCCUGGGGCAAGAGGCCAGCCCGGAGAGCCUGGCCAUGCAGGUGGUUGUGUCCCUUCGGGUUGCUAUGAAGAAAGCACAAGAGGGAUGAUCCCUUGAGAUAUGGAUGGCUGAAGAGAGACCUUUGGCUUCCCAGCACUCCUGCUGUAAACCUCUACGUGCAUAAAGGACCGCUGCCAUUUGAAGAUGCAUCUUUUCCCUCUCAGUGGCAUUAUUUUUGUUUGUCUGUUUGUUCUGCUGAGUGAAAUUGCCAGACUGCCUACAGAUCAUACCCAGAACUUGGAUGAGCAUCUUUUAGUCUUCUUAUUUGCCACAAGUCCUUCAUCUCAGGCAACCAGUCAGUCACACACUCCGCAGGGUGGUUAGAGCGGUUCCUUUAGGAGAUCAGAUUUGUAGCAUCUGGGGUGCCUUCUGCAUGCAGACCACUUAGCUACGGCCCCAUCCCAAGAACACCUGGGGAGCAAGGUUGGAGAACUCCUGCCCUACACCCCAGAGCCAUAGGAAAGGAGCCUUCAGCAAAAGAUGAGGGACUUUCUUUCUUUCUUUCUUUCUUUUGCAUCUAAGCCUCUUUUCCAAACUUUCCUGCAUUUUUUUUUAAACCACAACUGACACUGCAUGCAUGGGAUCCGAUCUUGUAUAAGCUGAUAAUGCAAAAGCAAUUACGGGUAAGUGGUAAGAGUAUAAAUGCAAGCCUGGACUGUACACGUUGGCUGAGCAGAAAAUAACUGCCCAUGAUUACAGUAAAAGGUGCUGAGCUAUCUGUGCUAAUAGCUCAGCAAUCUGGUGCUGAUACAGACAGUGGAUUCUGGCCAAUACAAUUAAAUUGUCAUGUGAUAACAGUGGCUGGCUUAUCAGAGAGUUAGAAUUGAGGCCUUGUGCUGUUCGGUUUCCUUGAAGGCAGGAUGGGGAACUGUUGUUCUGCUCACAAAAGGUAAAGAUGGGGAACAGGAAGACUGCCUGGUCCAUCAUCUUUCACUGCAGAAGCAAAUUAUAAUGUUUAGCAUUUGAACUCAUUUAGAUCCAUUUAGUUCAAGCAGUGGGAACAUUCUGUUCCAAAACGGUUCCAUGAGACACCUUACAUUAGGGGUGUGUGAGCCAGCUCACUUUGAGCCAGGCUUGAUGCCAAUCUGGCUCAGCUCGACAGGUGCGGUGUCGUACCGGACCGGCCUCAGUUCACUUUUGGUCUGGAUUCGAACCAAACCGGCAAAGCUAGUUUUGUGCACAUCCCUACCUUACAUUGCAGGAGGAUUCCAAACCAUACUUUACAUUGAAUUAAUUUAUAUAUUGUAGGAACAUAGGAAGCUGUCUUAUACCAGUCAUACCGUUGGUCCACCUAGCUCAGUAUUGUCUACAUACACUAACUGGCAGCAGCAAUUCAAGGUUUCAGGCAGGAGCCUUUCCCAGCAUUACCUGGAGAUGUCAGGGAUUGAAUCCGCAUGCAAAGCAGAUGCUCUACCACUGAGCUACGACCCCAUCCCCAUUAAGAAUUAGCUGAGAUAUUUUAGAAGAACCCGGGACUUUGUGACUGACAAUCCUACACCCCAAUCCUAUGCAUGUCCCACUAAGUUCAAUAGCAAAGGGGUUCCCAACUUUGUGUCCCCAGAUGUAGUUGUAGCCAAACUAAAUCUUGGGAUCUCCAGCAAGAGGGCAUACUCCCAAAUAAGUGUGCAGAGAAUUUCUGCCUCACUCAUCAUUCUGCACUGCCUCUUAAUGUAAGAACUUGCCAAUUAAAAAAAAAAACCACCCACAGAGGCAUAAGAAAAAAAUAUUGUUUUAAACAGAAUAAGGCAUGAGAUGCCUCAAGAUUAACCUUGAUGGAUCAGGCCCAAGGCUGAUCUAGCUCAGCACCCUGUUUCCCAAAGUGGCCCACCAGAUGUCUCUGAGAAGCCCACAGGCAAGAGGUGAGGGCAUGCCCUCUCUCCUGCUGUUGUUCUCCUGCAACUGGUAUUUAGAGACAUCCUACCAGGUAUUCAACUGGUAUUCAGAGGCAUCCGGCCUCUACAUGGAGGUAGCCUAUAGCCCUAAGACUAGUAGCUAUUGAUAGAUCUGUCCUUUGUGAAUUUGUCUAAGCCCUUUUUAAAGCCAUUCAAGCCAGUGACCAAGACCACGAGGGAUGUGCGAACUGGCGCAAGGUCGAGCUGGUUCAUCAUCGAACUGGGCCUGUUUGAUGGCUCAUCCUCGAGCCAAUAGGGCUUGGUUUGGUUCAGUUCAGUUCAACUUCAAGCUGAACCCCCAGGCCAGUUCAGGGGUUCUAAAUAUGAAAAAAAAAUUAAACUCACUGCUGUUCUGGGUCAUCUGGCAGCCUCCAUCGGGUGCUGCUGCAGCCAUGGGGGAGUCUCAGAAGGUUCCCUCUCUCCCCGCUGGCCUCCUGCUGGUCUUUUGGGGGCCUUUCAAGCCCUCUCCCAGUUGCCAUUUUGAAGGCCACCGCACAUUGCGCACUGGCCAUUUGCAUGCCUAGGUCCAGGCACUCAAAUGACCAGUAUGUGUGUGCCUGGGGUGUGUGCGUGUUUGGACAUGUGCAAAACUGGUCACACCCAGUCCGGUUUGAGUCCAGUCCAGACUCAAACUGAACCAGGCCAACCAAUUUUGUGUACCCCACUAGAAUCACCACAUCCAGCGCCAGAUAAUUCCAUAGAUUGAUUAUGUGCUGUGUAAAAAAUACUUCCUUUUAUUGGUCCUAAAUUUUAUGGCAAUGUGUUUCCGCUAGAUGUUUCUCCCACCUUCCCCGUUGUGUCUUACAGUACUGAGGGGUCAUUUAUAAAGGACUGCAUCAUUUGUCAAGGAAGGUGGGAGAGCGGGAUAUGAAGCUGAAUCUAUUUGUGACAAGACCAGGGGUGCAGAUCCCUCCUAAGCAUUUGAGGAGUCCCUCCCCCGCCAAGAUAACCCAUAUCUUCAUUUUUCCCCUCCCUCCUGAAAAUGUCUUUCUUCUCUGCAAAAGAAAUUUAAUGGAGGGGUUGCUCCUUAAGCUUUCCCUCUCUCUGCAACCCUGGACAAAACAGAGAUGGAAAGAUUGCUGGUGGUUUCUUGUUUUGUGCAAUUGUUAAGUAUGUUGUGGUUGGGGGCAGUUAUGCGCGUAUCCUUGCUUUGCGUUGGCCACCCUUGGGUGUGGUCUGCCAUGUGACUAUCUGACUUCCCAUUGGAGUAUGUCAUCAGUGGAGUUCUAAAUUAAAGGCAUGCAAAUAAAAAUAUGUAU